AUAAAUAUGGUGACUUGAAUGUAGCAAAAUUAAAGGAAUUUCACUCCAAAAAUAAACAGGGGCUUUCAUCUCCAUAGUAGUCGCUCUUCCUCGUCUACGAUUUAUCUGUCGGAGCCCUAAAUCCUAGUAUCCCCAAAUUCAACAAGAAUUCCCUCUUCCGCAACUCUGCGUCGGAUCCUUCGAUAAAUUCAAACCCUAAUUUGCCGCUACAUUCAUACUCGUAUUCAGCAUGGCGGGUAUGGGCGACGGCUACGUAGGCACGGCGCAGGACGCCGUCAGGAUCAGGCGGCUGGAGAAGCAGAGAGAGGCGGAGCGCCGCAAAAUCCAAGAGCUUAAGAACAAAACCGCCGCUUCUGAAGGCCAGCCUGGCCUCCUCCAAUUCGGCUCCAGUACCUCCGAGGUAUUGGAGACUGCAUUCAAGAAGGAAACUGUUGGUCUGGUCACCAGGGAGCAAUAUGUUGAGAAGAGAGUAAAUAUCAAGAAUAAAUUUGAAGAGGAAGAGAAGGAGAAGCUCCUAAAGUUGCAGCAAGAGGAGGAGGAGCUUCAGUUACAGAAAUUGAAGAAGCGGAAAAUAAAGGCAGACCCAAGACUGUCCUUUGCUGAUGAAUUUGAGAAUGACAAUGAGGAGGAAGAAGAGGAAAACCAAAAUGAUGAUAUCCGCCAGAGGUUUGGGAAAUAUGGAAAAGAUCCUACAGUAGAAACCAGUUUUUUGCCUGAUAGUGAGAGAGAGGCGGAGGAACAAGCUGAGCGUGAACGGUUACGAAAACAGUGGCUUCUUGAGCAGGAACAAAUCAAAAAUGAGCCUCUUCAAAUCACUUACAGCUACUGGGAUGGUACUGGCCAUCGACGGGUGAUCCAGGUACGGAAAGGUGACGCCAUUGGGGAAUUUCUUCGUGCUGUCCAGCAGCAGCUUGCUCCUGAAUUUCGAGAGGUUCGAACAACUUCAGUGGAGAAUCUGCUCUAUGUUAAAGAAGAUCUCAUUAUUCCACACCAACACAGUUUCUAUGAGCUGAUUGUAAACAAGGCCAGAGGGAAAAGUGGACCGCUUUUCCACUUCGAUGUACAUGAGGAUGUUCGAACCACUGCUGAUGCAACAAUCGAGAAAGAUGAGUCACAUGCUGGUAAAGUUGUGGAGAGGCACUGGUAUGAGAAGAAUAAACACAUAUUUCCAGCUUCAAGAUGGGAGAUAUAUGACCCGACAAAGAAAUGGGAGCGAUACACAAUACACGGGGAUUGAUUCAGACAACAUGCAAUUCCUUUCAAGUUUCUCGUAUAUUGCUUAAAUUCUGCCAUCUAUUAUACUGUGGAGUAACUCAACUGGAAUUAGUACUGAAAUUGUGUCUUGUUUUGCCUAGAGCGAGAGAGGCUUCUGAAUAUUGCUUUCUCUCUCAUCUGAUGAUGUUGGCGUACCAGAUUUGCUUGUAUCACUCUUAUUUUGAGGGUGACAAUAUGGUAGUAAUACGUUAUGUGGUGAAUUUCUUUUAUUGGGAGAUUAAAAUACAUUUUGAAUUGUAACCAUGGAUUGAAAUUUUACAAGGUUUAAGUCGAGUAUUUAUUCA